AUGUUGCCAGUGUCAAUGAAUGAGAAUAAUAGACGACCGGGCUCAAGGAACAACAUGAUGAACGGUGGUAUUGGGAGCGCUGUUGCUGCUCCGGCGUGGGAGGGAUUCGUGGGACGUGGCUUGCCCAAGGCAGAUGUUGCAACAUCAGCUACCCCGACCAGAAAUGCGCCGGCGUUAGCAGCAGCAGCAGCAGCAGCGGUACAGCAAAUGCGGUCCCCCACUGUGACAACGCACCAGCCGUACCGUGGGGUACCACCCUCUAUGUUUGGGGUAGAGUCCGAGCUUGAGGGGUAUACGGGUAUUAACAUGGAGAAUCUUGUCACCGUCAAGGCGGCGUACAAAACAGGCAUUGCGCGAUCAUCCGGUCCCAUUGCAUCAGGCCACGCCUCGUCGGUUUUGCAUCGCUUUUCGCAGCGAUCCCCUAUCGCCGCCCUUGACAGCAACGAUCCCCAAGUGGGCCCAAUUGGUGGUCUCUGCGGGACGGCGGUGGCUUCAAUAUCAACACAAAGCACAAUGAAUGGCAAUGGACCCACCAGUACUGUGCCCCCUGCGGCUGCGGCGGUAUCAGUAGCAGCAGCCAAUCGUAAUAUUCCAGCGCGUGUGGGAAUAAAUAACAAGCGCAUGUCGAAUAUUGAUUUAGUCGAACGAUCCGGUGGGGACGGAAAUAAUACAGGUGCCGAUAUUUACCGAUGUCCCGUCGCUUUACGGAUUGUUGAGACUGAGGAAAAACAUUUGAAUUACACGGGCGUGGAACUUUAUGCAUCAGAAAUAAAUAUGGGGGAGACGGCAGAACGUGAGCGGCGUCUUCAGCAGCGACAGCGCCAGGUGCAGUAUGGCAAGGAGACUCUGGGGUACAGUAACUAUCUUCGAGCUGUGCCAUCUCGCUGUGAUCGUGAGUUCCGUAACCCAAUGCACCCCAUAACACCACGUCCCGAAUAUGACUGUAGUAAACGCACAUUUGACAGAUAUUUAAAUGUCUGGCGGCGACAACUGCAUCUCUGGGAUGAUUAUGAUCCCAAUAAUCUGGAGCCGCAGUAUGUUCGCAUAGGCAUUCCCACCUUGCGGGCUCUGGGCUUGGAGUUGCCACCAAGCACACCGGAAGGUCAACAAAACGCACUAAUUUCUUUUACAUCUAUAAAUGCAGUAGGUGGUGCAUCUGCGUGUACCCCGGUAAUGCUUCGACACACACGACGGGAACAGCCUCUCUCUGCGGGACCGUACCAACGGACAGUGGGGUAUCAACAAGGUGGUAAUGUUGCCGCGGGUGGGGCUCCACCCGCAUCCUUGUGUGCCCCUUUGCACGCUCGCCCAUUAAGCAGUGGCGGCGGUGCCAGUUGGUCCAUCACGAAUACUCCACAUACACCAUAUCAUGGCAGUACACACUCCACAAGCAGUUAUCCACCACCUUUACUAUCUGUACUAGCCCAGCCAACCAUCUAUUCACCUCAUUGGGGAGAUUCCUCCCGGCAUAGUUCACCCAAUCCACAUAAUUGUCAACGCGGUAGUAUAUUUGCCUAUCAUAAUUCAGGUGGUGUCGUGGCUCCAACUACAACAACAACAACAACAACAACAACAACAACGGCAGCAAUAGCACCUCCAACAGCGCCUGGCAAUGCCUUGUAUUGGGAAGGAGGCACUGCGUAUCACAGUAACACGAAUAAUAACGCGGGGUAUGCGUACCGCAGCUACAGUUCCCCGUACGGUGGGCACCGGUACACGCCACAUUCUACACCAAAUCAACAUCACCCUUACUACGCUGGAAGUACCGCGGCAGUAAAUGUUACUGUUGGCAGUGCCAGGACCAUGACGAGUCCACUACCAGUGUGCGUUGGUCAAGAAACGUGGGGCAAUCCACCGCGGCAGCUGCAUCCAUGA